UCACGUUAGGCCAGUCGCGUGCCAGCGAGCAUGUGGUACGGUUGUCUUUGUAUAACAUCGGUCUACGAAACCCGAUAGGUCAUGAAUCAUUAACGCGCGUGUUUACAAAAAUACUUUCGAAUGAAAGUACAUACUAAAUAUGGACAUUAAUUUAUUUAAAUUACAAAAUUGUGAAGCUACAUUAAUUGAAGACCUUUCCAGCAUAACCGCUGCACCUUUUGAAGAGUAUUGACAACAAUUGAGUACUUAAAAUCCAAUAUAAAUAUAAGAAUACCAAAGUGCGAUAGAGACAGUUAAAUACAGUUAAAUACAGAUCCUGUGUAACAGAAAGUGCGCUCAAACUUAAAAGCGAACGUAAUUCGGUGAAAGUGAUAGUUGAGUGUUCAAUAUGACACCGGGCGUUGUGGAAGAUCACGCCAUGGUGGGCCUUGGUAAUAACAACGUGGAGCCCCUAAUUCCGCGCUCUACAGUACAGCUCGAAUUCAAUGACAUACAGUGCUGCAUAAACACAUUCACCAUUCAUAAAUUAAAAUUUGAAGCAAAGCAUAUCCUGCGCGGAGUGAGCGGGUGCUUCAAGCCGGGCGAGCUGACAGCCAUCAUGGGCCCCUCGGGCGCCGGCAAGACCACGCUACUGAACAUCCUAGCAGGAUACUCAACAAAAGGUGCGAAAGGCGAAAUAAAGGUCAACGGAACGCCGACAUGCGCCUCGCAGUCGACGAGUCGCGGUGGCGCGAGGUACAUUCGCCAGCAUGAUGACCUUCGAGUCCAUCUCACUGUAUACGAAUCCAUGGCUCUAGCGGCUGCGCUUAAGCUGGCCGACUUCACCGCGCACGAGAGGAAAGAGAAAGUUUACGAGAUCCUGGCACUGUUGGGACUAAGCGGGGCAGCGCGGACCCUUUGCCGCGACUUGUCCGGGGGACAGAGACGACGGCUGGCCGUCUCUCUUGAACUACUCUCUGAUCCCUCGCUAUUGUUCCUUGACGAGCCUACCACGGGCUUAGAUUCUUCAGCAUCUGCGUCACUAAUAACAUUACUGAACGGCCUGGCACGCGGCGGUAGGACUUUAAUCGCAACCAUACACCAGCCGUCAGCACUUCUUUUUGAAAAGAUCGACUCCGUGUACUGCCUCGCGAACGGCAGGACUUUGUACUCUGGCCCAAGACAGCAUCUCCUACCAGCGUUGUCAAGCGCCGGUCUUAGAUGUCCGGCUUACCAUAACCCUGCUGAUUUCUUAAUGGAAGUCGCUUCCGGUGAGUACGAGGUGGAUCUCGUGAAAGUGUCAAAAACUAUAACAUAUUAUAAACCGGAGCCUGUUGCCGAAGCAAGCUUAGAAGAGAUCAGUUUACAAGAUUCUUCGCAUACAAGCAUGGACAACAAAAUCAAGCAAAAACCUUUACAAAGCAACGCUAAAUAUCAAAGGAAUUACUCUAAAAACAUUUACAGGCCGUCAGGGAAUUUUAGUCAGACAUGGAUACUGCUUUAUAGAAACUACUUGAUGACGACGAGAAAUUACUCAUUAUUCAUGUACAGAGUGGCGGCACACGUGGUUAUAGCACUUAUCUUUGGCUACUUGUACUUCGGUGUCGGAAGCGAGGCGAGCAGCGUACUCGGGAACUAUGUCUACUUGUAUGGAUCUAUGCUACUCGUUGUCUACACUGGAAAGAUGUCUGUGACACUAUCAUUUCCACUCGAAAUGGACAUAUUAAAAGGAGAAUACUUCAAUCGAUGGUAUAACUUGGGACCGUACAUAUUUUCAAUACUGGCUGUUGAAUUACCAUUUCAGAUGAUCUCUUGCGUGUCAUACGUGGUACUGUCAUACUGGCUUACAGACAACCCUCUGGAGCCCACACGAGCUACGCUGUUUCUCGCUACGAUCGUUGCCACCUCCCUGUGUGCGCAGGCGUGGGGAUAUUUCAUUGGUUCAACUACCCCUACUAAGAUUGCAGUAUUCAUUGGGCCAGUACUAGCGUGUUUGUUCUCCGUGUUCGGCUUCUGCCUGGCACUGUCGGACACACCCUAUCCCUUCCGCUGGUUGCACCACAUCUCCUACUUUAGAGCCGGCUUCCACGUCGCCGUUCAUUCUGUCUAUGGCUUUAAUAGAACUAAGAUUCAUUGUGCAAAAGAAUAUUGUCACUACAUAACUCCUAGCAAGUUUCUAGUGGAAAUGGAUAUGGCGCACGUUGACGUGGGUGGCAACAUGGCACUCGUUCUGUCAACAACUGUCCUCAUGCACCUCCUCACAUGCGGCGCCCUCUGGUAUAGACUAAAUAAAAGAUGAUUCUUUAUAGAUCUGUGAAUGCGACUGAGUUUUUAAUGUAAAUUAGACAAUGUAGUGGUGUUAGUUAAUUUUAAUGAAACGUAAUUUUUAAGUAGAUAAAUUUUGUUGCCUUAGUUAUUAUUAUAGUGAUAUUUAAUUCAGUGUAUUGACUUAUUUUAGGACCAAGUAUUUUAUAAUAAGCUGAAUAAUUGACGCUGGUGCCGUUAAAAAUAUAGAAAAGACUAUUUUGGAAUUAUAAACAUUUUUUUCUUUAUUUUCAAAAUUGAAAUUUAAUGGACAAAAAAUGAAAACGAAUAUUGUAAAGAUGUGUUUAGAAUAGGCCGGUCAAGAUAUAUACCGAUUAGAUCUUUUAACUUUUUAAAAUUACAUACAAUUUUUAUUCAGUACAUGAAAAAAAUAUUUUGAUUCACUUGACGUUUAAAACGACAAGUCCAUUUGGACGAUUUUGUACCUAAUAAAGAAAAUUAACUCAAUCGUAAUUGUUAAUAAACCAAAUAAAAUCAAACCUGUUAAUUAAAAAUC